UUUGUACACGGCUUUAAUUUCAAUGUCAAAAAAAGGAAGAGAAGAAAAUGAAAUGUACGAAACGUUCGUUUUUAAAGCGCAAACUUGAAAUGCACAUAUCAAUUUUCACCCUGAUAUUAAAUUAUUAAAACAAAGCGAAAGAAGAGAUUGAAAAGAAAGGUUAGGUGUCUUAGAUGAGAAUCCGCGGCGAAUCAUAACCUCGUAGAGAUGCAACACUUGACACGAGUUUCGUAAACUUUAUGAGUAAAGUGAAAUAGAAUUUAAAUUAAUCGCCUAGAGAUGACGUGCUAGAGGAUAGCACCUCAAGCAACAUGCUCUCGCGGAUCACCCGGACCGUCCUCACGUCGAGUGUCACAGCGUUGUUGCGGCAACCGCUGAGUGAGGUCGAGGGCCGGUUAUUGAGUCGCUCUAUUCACACCAGUCAGCAACGAUGCAAAGAAAAUGACAAGAAAGACAACAAACAUUCGGCUCUCGUGCUCCACGCGUUCACGAACACCGAGAGCAAGAAUAAGGAUGUCUACCUGGACAUCCUGCGCGAGUACAAGAACAACAACGAAAUGAGACGCGGCCACGUGGAGUUCAUUCAGGUCGCCCUUAAGUAUUUAGAUGAGUUCGGCGUGAAUCGCGACCUGGCGGUGUACAAGGACCUAUUGGACGUGCUGCCCAAGGGCAAGUUUGUCCCUCGCAACGUCUACCAGACCAUGUUUAUGCACUAUCCCAAGCAGCAGUAUGUUGCCAUCGAGCUACUCUGCAAAAUGGAGGAUAACUGUGUGAUUCCAGACGUAGAGAUGCAGGAUAUGCUGCUGAACAUCUUCGGGACACAUGGCCUACCAUUGAAGAAGUUCUGGCGGAUGAUGUACUGGAUGCCCAAAUUCUCCAAUUUGAAUCCAUGGCCCUGUCCUCAACCGGUGCCUAAGGAUCCUAAGGUGCUUGCCAAGCUGGCAAUGAAUAAGAUAUCCAGCGCAGAUGUUCAGACUGAAAUCAUGGAGUUUGAGACCAAGGACGUAAAGGAUGCCAUUGAUGAUACGUGGAUCGUAUCCGCGAUGAGUAGUUUACAGGAGGAACUAUUAAUGAAGCAGCCUCUGGAUCUUCCGAUUUUUGUUGAAGGACCAUAUACAGUUUGGGUUGCGGAUCAGUGUAUAGAUUAUUUUAUUUUAAAGGGAGCAACUAAAGAGAGGAAUAAUGUUUAUCAAAAUCUUGAUGAUGUUUCAGAUAUUAGAAUACAUUUUUGGGAUAAGAAAGAAAUAAUUCUUGCACCUACGGUCCAUGAGCAAGACGAUGGUACAUAUUUUGCAAUGUGUGCCACUGGCACAUCCACAAAAGACUCAUUGCUAUCCUGGAUACGAUGUCUGCAAAAGAAGAAUCCUGUAUUAACUGUAAUUCCGGUAGUAUUCAAAUUCAUGUCGACCACGAGGAAACAGUUCUACAUCGACUAUAAUGAAAGUAAAAAUAAAGACGUAGUGCAAAUAAAGGAUUAA